CAUAGCACAUGUCAGCGUGGUACGCAAUCAACUUGUAGCUUCCUUUAUGGAAAGUUCUUAUGUGAGUGACUCACGCGAUACUGAUUUUCUAAAACACGGGGGUGAGUGGACUUGAAAAAGACUAAAUAAAUAUCCAAGAGGAAAUAAAUAAAUAAAAAAAAAGAUAUAUAAUAAUAAUAAAAAAAGAACGACAAAUCAAACAGAAAUUGUACUUUAAUUCGGAGUGUUCUGAAGUGAUUGUUUUCUUUUUUUUACCGUGAGGGAUUUCUUUGAAAGAAAAGAUCGUUUGCGAAGUUUAAAGAAUAACUGCGACCGGAAGCUGUGGGAAAAAGUGUUGAGUGUGUGAGGCAAAAAGAGGAGAGCGAAAUUCGAAUGCCCACCUCGCCGGUGUCUCGUAUUGUUUGGUGUUCGAAACGAAUUCGGGAACCAUGGGGCAGCCAGGUAAAGUGCAGACGACCCUGCUCACCCCCGUUGAUGUGGUGAAGGCGGAGUGGUUGUCGAAAAGCAGCAACCGAAGCCCCGAGAUGUUGGCCGCUAAGCCACCAAAACCGAAAAUAAUUGAGAUCGCAAAAGAUCUACCGGAAUAUAUCAUAGAUCCUGGAACAAAAACCACGUACUUGAAAGGGAAAUUCCUUGGCAAGGGUGGAUUCGCUCGUGUUCAUGAGUGGACUGAUCUCACCACUGGCCAAGUGUAUGCGUGCAAGAUCAUCCCCAAGAGUAGGCUCACAAAGCCCCACCAAAAAGAAAAGAUCUUGAGGGAGAUCGAUCUUCAUCAGAAGCUCCAGCACAAGAAUAUAGUCCGUUUCCACCAUUUCUUCGAAGACGAACACAACGUGUACAUCAUCUUGGAAAAUUGCUCCAAAAAGUCUUUGGUCCACAUUUUGAGAAACCGAAGGAUUCUAACCGAGCCGGAAGUUCGUUACUUCAUGCUCCAGCUGGCGGAAGGGGUGCAGUACACCCACUCCCAAGGCAUAAUCCAUCGGGAUCUCAAACUGGGCAACAUGCUGCUUUCGGAAGAAAUGGAAGUCAAAAUUGGAGACUUUGGACUAGCGACACACGUUUCAAACCUAGACAAGUGUGGGAAGAAAUUCACUGUCUGUGGAACUCCAAAUUACAUUGCACCAGAAGUAUUGAACAUGCAAGGGCAUAGUUUUUCAGCGGAUGUUUGGGCUAUGGGUUGUAUAAUGUAUGCUAUGCUCGUCGGGCAACCCCCUUUCGAGACUUCCACCCUGAACGAGACCUACUACCGCAUCACAACGAACAAAUACAACAUUCCCAGCUCCGUGUCCGAGCCCGCUCGCCAUCUGAUUAUGAAGAUGCUUCAGCUGAAGCCAUCCGACAGGCCGUCGCUGGAUGAAAUAUUAAAUCACAAGUUCUUCCACUCCGGCUAUUUGCCCGUUUCUCUACCGACCUCUUGUUGUGUUACUGUUCCUAAACUUCCCAUUGGUCCGUUGCUGAGAAGAGCAUCAAGCGAACAAGAUUUAGAAAAAAUUGCCAAUGGAGUCAUCAAUUUACAACUUAGUCCUAAAACAGACAUACCAAAGAUGCAUGUCAAAUCUGAAGAGAAUUCUCCAAGGAAGGAUCAUUGUUUUCCUACAAGUUUCCGACAGAAGCUGACAAAUGUGCUCUGUCCAGAUAAAGUUGUGAAGAAAACAAAGGAAUGCUACUGCACUUCUACAAUGCUUGACAUGCUGUUAAAUGUUCUGGAUACAAUGCAUGAAACAACCGAGAACAAUCCUCCUCCUUUGAAUUACAAUGUGAGCCCCUUCAUAUCAAAGUGGGUUGAUUAUUCCAACAAGUAUGGAUUUGCAUUCCAGCUCUCUGACCAGAGCUUCGGAGUGAUGUUCAACGACUCCUCACGAAUGAGCAUGUCGGCCAACAGAACGCGAAUCGAAUUCCAUGAUACGAAUGGAAAGAGCAACACUUACAGUCAUUCCAAUCUUCCAAGUCAUUUAGAGGCAAAAUAUACAUUGUUUCAAUAUUUUGCCACCUAUAUGGAUGAAAACCUCAGCGACGGUGGCGAGUUGCAGUGUCAUGAUCUAGUCCGUAAAAAAAUCCCCUUCAUGAGGAGAUGGCUGCGAACUGCCAACGCUGUGGUGAUGCAGCUGAGUUCCGGAACCCUGCAGAUCAAUUUCUUCAAGGACCAUACGAAGAUUGUGAUAAGUGGGGACGGGACGGUGAUGUACAUCGACGAAGAGAGGCAUUCUUCUACUUACUCCUUCUCUUCCAUCUGCCAGCAAGGAUGCACGGCAAUCCUGCGCUCGCGCCUCCAGUAUGCAGCCUCCGUGCUGCAAGACUUUGCCAGGCUGGAAGGCGACUCCAUAUAAACCCGUGCUUCCUUUCUUUUUUCUCUUCAUGGAGGAACAAAAUUACACAUUUAAAUUUGCAGUUUUCAAAUCAUGUGAAAUUUCUUUUACGUGUUCAGGGUGUCUGCCGGUGAAUAAAAUUCUCGAAUUUCAGUUAAAGUCACGAAAUUUAUGAAAAUCCCAUAUAUUGUUCACUAAAUUCUUAAAAAGUCACGAAUUUUGAUUUCAAUCUCGAAAGUUUGGGAAAGUCACGAAUUUUGAUUUCAGUCUCGAAAGUUUGGGAAAGUCACGAAUUUCGAUUACAGUCACGAAACAUUGGAAAAGUCGCGUAUUUUGAUUUCCGUUUGGAAAUACAGGAAAAAUCACGAAUUUCGAUUUCAGUCACGAAAUUCUUGAAAUGUCACUAAUUUUUAUUACAGUCACAAAGGACUGUUAAAGUCGCAAUAUUUUGAUUUCAGUCACGAAUGAUUGAAAAAGUUACGCAUUUCAAUUUCAGUCACGAAAGUGAAAAAAAGUCAGAAAAGUAAUGGGGAAAAAUAAAAAACCCGUGACUAUGAGUAAGAAUUUUUUGCAGUUAUCUUAAAUUUUCUGAGAAUAAAUUUAAUUAAUGAUAGAUAAAUUACAUUGCAUAUAUAUGGUUUUCGUAUUCUUAAACAUGUUUUUCUUUAAGAAUUAGCGAACCAGAAGUAUUUGGAAGUAUAAUCCAGAUGAUAAACGUAAAUAAUCUCCAAAAUUUUGUGAAGAGGUGAAUACAUUUUGUGGUCAAAUGAUUUUAGGCCUUAUAAAAAAAAUUAUAUUUUAUGCUGUUUACACAAUUUCGGAAUAAGUUGGAUUCCUUUCUCAAAACGUUUCCAAAAAUUAGGUGACGAAAUUUUUAAAAAUAUUAUUUAUUAUUUAUUUAUUUAUUUAUUUAGAAUAUGAGAUAUGAUUUUUUUUCUUAUAACGUGGUUGACACCCUGUUGUUGGUUAUUCUUUUUUUAUAUAUAUAUAUUUUUAACGGUGAUAGUCAAAAUUCUGUAAUAUUCUUGUUCUUCAAAAUUCAUAUAUUAAAUAUUUAUUAAAAAUAAUUUAUUUAGUCUUUAACAAUUUAUCAUUAUCAGAAGUCUUUUAAAAAGUCUUCCAGUAUUUUCUGAAAAUGCAAUUUUAAGAAACAUUUUAAAUGUCAGAACAAAUUUUCUUCCCUUUCAAAGUAUUAAAAAAAAAUAUUAAAUUCUACUUCCAAACAAAGUAUUCUAUGUUCUUGCAAAAUAUUAAACCUAAAAUAUUCUAAAGAUUUUAAUGAAUUUUUGUAUUUUUAUCCAUUUGAAUUCCAUGAAUGUGCUUUUUAUCAGAGCCAGUUGUUUUUUUGGUCCUGUCGGUGUAAUAGUUGUUCAACAAAUUCUUUUUAACUAAAUAAUUUUUUUUUCCUGUUCAUGUCUGUUGUAAAUUUCUAAUAACGUGUGCCUAGCUCAACGGCCAUGUUAUGUUCUUCCAUUUUUAGAGCUACUGUGUGCCAAAUGUGAUCCAAUUAUUCCAUUUUUCAUAUUUUCCUCCUGUGCGAGGAAAGUAUUUUUAUAUAGUAAUGUCAUGUCAUAUCUGUGUAACAUAAAAGACUGUCACAUUGGCUAAUUAUUUAAUUUGAUAAUGAAAAAAAAAUAUUCUUUUUGAAAGACUGAUGUUUGUUUUAUGUGUUAUGGUUGUUCAAGUUUUUGAUUAUUUUUCCCCCUUCAAAGGAACAAAAAAAAAAAUCGUGUAACUUAUGUUAAACUUUACAUUACUUAGCUUUUGAUAUGUUUUCCUGACAAAAGCGUGUUUUUUUUUUUGUGUGUGUGAAGUGGUUGUAACCUU